AUGUCCGACAACAGCGCUACCAUUCCCCAGGACCCUACUCAGGUUCAGGACCAGACCAUGGCCGAGAACAAGGGAAAGGGCAAGGCUCUCGCUGAGCAGGUCACUGAGGACACUGCCAUGGAUGAGGAUGAUGAUGAUGACGAGAGCGAUGAAGAGGAAGAGGACGGCUUGGAGGAGAUUGACCCCAGCAACAUUGUCGAGGGCCGCCGCACUCGUGGUGCCCAGAUCGACUUCGCCAAGGCCGCAGAGCAACACCCUGCUGAGGACGAGGACGAGGAAGACGACGAGGACUUCCAGCCCGCCGAGGACAAGGACACCAAGAUGUCCGACUAA